UUACUUAUUCAAUUACAUUUUGAAAUAGCUUGUAAUUUAAAAAAUUUGUUGAACAUGUAUUUACAGAAUGCUUCAAUCAAUGUAACACACUUUAUUAUAGGUGGUUUUGACACAGUUAUGAGGCCGGAGGCAAUUGGUGUGGUUAUGCUGAUAAUCUAUCUACUAGUUGUUCUUGCCAAUACGGUAAAUAUCCUCUUCAUUAUUUUUGACAAGAGAUUACAUAAACCAAUGUAUCUUCUGGUUUGCAACCUUGCUGUUGUUGAUAUAAUUUACACUUCAAGUACCAGUCCAACAAUGAUUGGGGUUCUACUUGCAGGUGUUAAUACCAUAUCCUAUGUGGAGUGCAUAAUUCAAAUGUUUGUUUUCCACUUGGGAGCUGUGAUGGAGAGGCUUGCUUUAGCAAUUAUGGCAUUGGAUAGAUUAAUUGCUAUAAUUUGUCCUUUUCAGUACCACAGUUAUUUAACAAACACACGUGUUGUUUUUCUUACAUACAUCCUGUGGUUUGUUGGUAGUGGUUUUGCGGCUCUUGCCCCCGCAGUGGUAGUUCGUCUCCCUCACUGCUACUCAAGACUGAAGUACACUUUCUGUGACUAUGCUGCUGUACUACGAACCACUUGUGCCGACCCAAAUUACUAUUUAAAUUUAGAUUAG